AUGAAUUUUGUACAGAUUACUAGUCAGGUGGGGGAUCCAAGUCAUCCAACCCUUGAACUCUGUAUGAAUAAUGAAUAUCAUUUUGUAAGAAAAUCAUUGAAGGUGGGCUUGUUUUUUUGCUGUUGCAGUUUUCUCUCCUACACAGACUACAUGAUGGAGUGUCUUUGCAGGAUUUUCUUUGUUCUUUAUUUUUGCAUAAAUGCAAUAUUUGCUCAGUUUUGUACUGAUGGCUCUAUACGUUUGUCCUCUGGUUCUACAUAUGGAGCUGUUGAGGUCUGCUUGAAUGGUGGAUGGGGCAGCAUUUGUCGUGAUUUCUGGAGCAAUGAAGAUGCAAGUGUUGUCUGUAGACAGUUAGGAUACUCACCAUAUGGUGCAAUUGGUCUUUUAUAUACAUAUUACUCUUCCAGUACAGUAUCUCAUAAGAUGAUUGAUGUAAAUUGUACUGGUACUGAAAGUAACAUCAUUAACUGCCCUUACAAUGGAUACAGCAGCUAUCCUUGUUCCCUGAGCAGAGAUGCUAACGUUUUUUGCUACAGUAUUGGAGCUGUGAAUGUGAGCAAUUGUACCUCAGGUGAUAUUCGUCUUGUUGGAGGAUCUAAACAGGAUGAAGGAAGAGUUGAAGUUUGUGUAAAUAAAGUUUGGAGUAGUGUAUGCACCUCUAGUGGUUGGAAUAUAAAUGCAGCUCGGGUUGUCUGUAAUCAGCUUGGAGAUAAUCGCAUUAAUGUGGAGUAUGGUAAUGUGGCUGGGUUUGGAUUUGCUCAAGGUUAUGGGCCUGUUUUAUUUGGGUAUUUUAGUUGCAAUGGAAAUGAGGCUAAUCUGUUGGAAUGUACACCAAACUUCUAUCAUGCAAAUUUUUAUUGUCAGAAUCGUCACUAUUAUGAUGCUGCAAUCCGAUGCGAAAGAAACUGCUCAAAUGGAGCUGUAAGACUGAGAGGUACUAGUGAUUCAACUUAUGGUAGAGUUGAAGUUUGUUCUAAUGGUCUGUGGGGUACUGUCUGUAGUGAUUACUGGGACUAUGAGGAUGCAUCAGUUCUGUGUAACCAGUUGGGGUUCUCACCUUAUGGUGCUGUCUCAGGCAAUGGAUACUAUUAUAGAUAUGACCUCCCAGUGAGCAUACUGGACCUCAAUUGUACUGGUAAUGAAAGUAUGAUAUUGGAUUGCCCUUUUAAUGGAACUAUUAACUUCUUUAACUGCCGAUCAAGUCAUGAUGCUGAAGUCAUAUGCAGGAAUGCUACACUUGAAUCUGAUUUAUGCUCCACUGGUGAUAUUAGGCUAGUUGAUGGGCUAAUAGAAUCUGCUGGGAGACUUGAAGUGUGUGUGAAUCAGAACUGGGGAACUGUUUGUAGCCAGAGCUGGGACAUGAGUGAUACUCAAGUAGCUUGCAGGCAACUGGGGCAUCAAGCAUUAGGAUCUACAUACAGUACUGGUACAUUUGGUCAAGGUGAUGGGGUCAUUGCUUUUGGCUAUCUUUACUGUAAUGGAAAUGAACAGUCAUUGUUUGACUGUCAAAGGAAUGUUUUUUCUGUCAAGUCUGGUUAUUGUACUAGUCAUCAGUAUGAUAUUGGAAUAACUUGUGAACCUCUUUGUGAUGACGGGGCUAUUCAACUGACUGAAGGUCCUAAGGCAUCAGUUGGUAGAGUAGAAGUAUGUAUAAAUGGUAACUGGGGUACUAUAUGCAGUUUGUAUGUUGAUAAUACUGAUGCUAGUGUCAUCUGCAGGAGUUUGGGAUAUUCUUCUUAUGGUGCUGUCAGUCUUCAAGGAUACUACAUAGAAUAUUAUAAAUCACAUUAUCUUUUUAAUGUGACAUGUAAUGGAACUGAAGAAAGCAUAUGGAAUUGUUCACAUAGCACUGCUAGCUGUAGUGGCAGCUAUGAUGCCACUGUCUAUUGCCAAGAUAUUUUGACUCCAGUGGCUAAUUGUACUGAUGGUGAUGUUAGAUUAGUUGGUGGUAGUACAGAAUAUGAAGGAAGAGUUGAAGUGUGUAUUAACAGAGCAUGGGGCACAAUCUGUAGAUAUGGUUGGAGUACUGGGGAUAGUAAUGUAGUCUGCAGACUACUAGGACACAUGGGAUUAGGCUCAUCAUCAUAUUCUCAGUUUGAGCCUGGGUCUGGUCCUAUCUUUAUGAGCUAUGUUGGUUGUUCAGGGUCUGAGAGUAAUAUGCUACAGUGCUAUUACAGACAACCUUUUCAAUAUUCUUUUUGUGGUCAUUCUUAUGAUGCUGGAAUCAGUUGUGAAGCCCCUUGUCAGAAUGGUACGGUACGCUUGGUUAGUGAAUCGAACAGCUAUUACAGGAGAUAUGGACGUGUAGAAAUUUGUCUUAACAACCUUUGGGGAACCAUUUGUGAUAAUUAUUAUUGGAAUGAAAAGGCUGCUACUGUAGUCUGUAGGAUGUUGGGGUAUUCUCCUUACGGUAUGUAA